GUGCCGAGCAAAACAAUGCAUGGGCUCAAGCGGAAAAACGAGUGGCGCCUAUCGAAAUGCAUCAGCAUUCAAAAUGUUUAGCGUGCGAAGAACAUUCCCCAAAUUCGGAGCAAAGUCACGCUCAGCCUGAAACCGAGGUGGCGCAGAUCAAAACACGGAGGCAAUUCAGAUGUUCAAGGUGCAACCGCAUCCACGAACGAGGCAAGUGCCCAGCGUUCGGGAAAACUUGUUUCUCGUGCCGUGGCGCUAACCACUUUUCUGCUUGUUGUAGUAAGAAGGGUCCUCAAGUAAGCGCUGUGCGUGACGAGCCCGACGAUUUUCAAAUUCUCGAUGUUGGCGUGGGCAACAAAGCUGAUUGGCUUAUUGACGCUAAAGUCGCUUCCCAAGUGGUGUCUCUAAAAGUGGACACGGGCUCCCAGGCGAACUUGCUGCCUCGCACCAUUUUUGAAAGGCUGAAGGUCAAGACGUCUUUGAAGGCAAGCUCAUCUAUUCUGCGCUCAUACAGUGGUAACGUCAUCAACCAUGUCGGCGUAGCGACACUACCAGUGGCUGUGAACAAUAGAAGCGAGUACUUCGACUUUUUCAUUGUCCGGAAGAGCAACCAGGCCAUCUUGGGGCUAUCGGCAAGCGAAGCGUUGGGGCUGGUCUCGCGUACUGUGGCUUCUGUUCACAUGAGCAGUACUGACCAAAUUGUGAAGGAGUUCCCAGAGUUGUUUCAGGGUAUCGGCUGCCUGGCCCGCCCGUACCACAUGGUCCUGCAGAAGGAAGCAACGCCGGUGAUUCAGCCGGUGCGACGGGUGCCCCUGGCAUUGCGCGAGCCGCUCCGAGAAGAGUUGGACCGCAUGGAACGCGCAGGCAUCAUCGUUAAAGUCAGCGAGCCAACGGACUGGGGAAACAACUGCUCUUGGCAGAUAUGCUAUCCAGGUCAUCGCCAGGCUCUCCCCCCAGCAUGGAUGACUUCACAGAUGACGUCGACGUACAUGCAGUGGGCGUGGCAUCAGAAUUGACAGAUACGACUUCAAGCACGUGACCUCAAGCCCGAGAUUCCCGCAGUCCAACGGUCUCGCCGAGAAGGGCGUCCAAAUCGUCAAAAGAAUCAUGAAGAAAACAGGUGAAACGAGGGAGGACUUCUGGCUCGGGCUACUGUGCUAUCGUUCGACUCCACUUGAAGAGGGCCGCUCCCCAGGAGAAUUGCUUCAAGGCAGAAGGCUGCGUACUCGGCUGCCAGACUUCCGGCCGAGUCCCAGUGAGCAAGCUGUUAGGCGCCAACCUCGGCAAUCGUUAAAAAGAAAACCUCUGCCAGAACUCCAGAAAGAUGCCGUAGUAAGAAUACAAGGAGGCACGUGGGACCGAAAGGCUCGAGUCAUGGACCUGGUGGCACCGAGGUCCUACCGCGUCGCUACAGAGGACAACCAGAUACUCCGACGCAACCGGCAGCACCUUCUAGCCAAACGUGAAUCUUUCCAGGCAGACUUGGGUGAAGACGAUUCGGAGGGCGAGGAAGUAUUCCCGGCGACGUUGCCUGGAAGAUCGCUGCCACCACAGACAUCCGCAACUGCGACGUCAUUUCAAGGAACGGCAACUGCUCCACAGCCCCCGCCGUCGGUGCCAAGGCGGUCCACCCGGCAAAGGCAGCAGCCAAGUCGUCUUCAUUAUAACAAAGACUUUAAACAAGUGUCAAAUCUUACUCUCAACUUAUAAC